CUUAUAUGCGGUGUAUGUCAUGGUGAAUACCUCUUCUCUGCACGUAUCCUCUCCCAACAUUCUUUUGGCGUCUGUUUCUCUUCAGCGCCAAGUUCUCUAACCGCUAUACGAAGUAUCUUUCGUUCUGAAUCACUCCUCUGUUUAUAGGACUGUUUUUGGUCUUGCAAACCUUAAAACGGUUUUGUUUUCUUCCUAAUUACGCUGCUUAACGAUUGUGUUACGAUUUGUUUAAUUUUUUUGGACGCUUUUUGUCAGUUUUUUUAGCAUACUGCAGUCUCUACUUAUCUUUUAACGAACUAUUCAACUUAUUUGACGAUGCCGAAAACAUAUAUCUGUUCUAUUUUCCUACCUUACACAAUUGACUUCCAUUUGGACGAGGAUGAGUCGGCUGUAGAAUCGACUCCAUCUACGGCUGGGCUUACUGCCACCCAUGCUCGCCGGGAUUCAAUGCGUCUGCACAAUUUACUUUCAGAGCUCUCAGUUUCUCGCACUCAAAGUCGUCAUGGAACACCUCCAAUGACUCCCCAACAUGAGCUUCUCAAUGAGUAUUUUGAUCUCAAUCCGCGCGCUCGUCCCCUGUCUCGCACAACCACGGGUACCAUGCUCUCUUCUGGUGUACGCAGCAAUCUUGCGAUUGCAUCUCCAUCUGUGCGCUCCGGCAGAGCUUCUCCGGUAUUCACGCAGCCACGUUCUCGGGCCAAUUCCCCUCCCCCCUCUCUUAACGGUUCGGAUUCCAACCGAUUUGGUGCUCCCGGUAUUGGUGCGACUUUGAGACCCCUGCGCAAGCGCAGAGAGUCGUUGUCGAGAUCUGUUACGCUGUUCGAUAAAGCUCGUUGGACCGUUGAACUUAGUCUUACAGGCAACGGCGGUCUGUAUAAUGCCAUACAUGCCGCUAAGCGCGACAAUGUUCUUGACAACUCUGUGUGGAUUGGCUUGUUGGGCUUCCCCACAGAGACUCUUUCUGAUAAAACGAAGCAAGCAAUAUCUGCUGCACUCUUGGUGAAGCACCAAUCAAUUGCUGUCUAUACUUCUGAUUCUAACUACGAGGGUCAUUACAACCAUUAUUGUAAGAAGAUUCUUUGGCCGGCUUUCCAUUACCAACACAACGAGACCUUCUCCUUCUUCCACGAGGAGUCCAGUUGGGAUGCAUAUGUCGCUGUGAACCAGGCUUUCGCGGACAAAAUUAUUCAAACGUACAAGCCGGGUGAUGUCGUUUGGGUAAACGAUUACCAUUUGCUUUUGGUACCAGAAAUGGUUCGUAAACGUGUUCCUAAUGCCAUCAUCGGCUUAUUUAUUCACGUUUCUUUUCCCUCAUCAGAGGUUUUCCGUUGUUUUGCCCGUAGAAAAGAACUUCUUACCGGUAUGCUUGGUGCAAACUUGGUCGGUUUCCAAACGGACGAGUACAAACGUCAUUUCUUGCAAACCUGUGCUCGAAUCAUGUAUGUUGAGGCAAUGGGCAACCGUUUAUUGCUUGAGGACCGAUAUGUGGAUGUGAAUUCAUUUCCAAUUGGUAUUGACCCCAUCUUGUUGUCCGACUUUCUGAAUGAUCCAGAUACGACGGAGACAUACAACAUCCUUGCAGAGCGCUAUAAAAAUUUGAAUGUGUUUUUUGGUCGCGAUAAAAUGGACAACAUUAAGGGUAUUAGGGAGAAGCUUUUGGCUUACGAGCAAUUUCUUGAUGACAAUCCCACGUAUCAAAGCAACACUGUCCUCCUGCAGGUUGCGUUGAUGGAGGACGAUCGCGAGUAUUCAGUGAGCAUUGCUGAUAUCGUCGCACGUAUCAAUUCAAAGUACUCUGACUUUUCUUCCGAUCACCUUCCGGUGGUGAUCGUCUCUAGAGACUUGAACUUUGCUCAAUUUUUGGCUUUACUGAAGGUUGCAGAUGCGUUUGUUGUUACCUCAUUACGUGAAGGCUUCAAUCUCACUUGUCACGAGUUUAUCUAUGCUCAGCAAGAAAAGAGGGCUCCUUUAAUUAUCAGUGAAUUUGCUGGAAGUGCUUCUAUCCUUAGUGAUUCCGCGCUUAUUGUGAAUCCUUGGAGUACCUUGGAGACGAGUUUGGCGUUCAAGACCGCACUGGAAUUGUCCGACAACGAUCGCGAACGUUUAUUCAAUGGUUCAUUCAAGGCAAUCAUGAAGCACAAUGCAACUACAUGGGUUGCUGAUUUUACUUCUUCUCUUAAAGCGUGCUAUGCAGCUCAAGAAGCUCGCGAUGUGCUUGCCAUCCCGCGCUUCUCUUCCGUUACCUUCACCCAAAACUUUGAGCGCAGCAAGCACCGUCUUUUUAUUUUGGACUUCGAAGGUACUACAAUCAACUGGGGUAGCGCUCACCAGUUUGUGAGUUUCAACUACAAGUACAUGCUUGACAUCAUAGCCAAGUUGUGCAGUGAUCCAAGAAACACAGUCUACAUUACUAGUAGCCUGGGACGUGACGAGUUGGAAGGCUUCUUCCUUCGUUUGCCGGAUGUUGGUCUGAUUUGCGGCAAUGGUUGUUUUGUGAGACCGCAUGCUCAAGCUGAAGGCAUUCCUGAUAUGUGGUUGCGCAUGUUUAAGCCCGAAGACAUGACUUGGCGUUCAUCUGUGAAGGAGUUGCUUGAUUAUUAUCGAGAACGUACUCCUGGUUCCACUGUUGAGGAUCGUGGAUUUUCAUUUUCUUUUAAUUAUAAGAAUGCAGAAGAUGAAGCUAACGCUAUGCGCUCUGCCGGUGAGCUUUGCAGCAGUCUAAACGAGGGCGCCUCCAAUGGUUGUCGUGCGGUUCCUCUCGAAGGAGAGGUUAUAUGCGAACCCUCGAACAUAAACAAGGCUACUGCAUCCGAAUAUGUCUACAAAAAACUUUGCAAGGACCCUGACUCUAUAGACCUUACUGUUGUUGCUGGUAAUGACCGUACCGAUGAGCCUAACUUUGAAUGGGCAAACACAUUAAAGAUGGACACGAUUACUAUUAGCAUGGACAAAAAGCAUACCGAGGCGAAAUGUUUUGCCGAAGGUGUCUCUAAUCUUCUACACACUUUGGACAAAAUAUGUAAUAUUUAGUUGAUUAAUGUACUUUGUAAAUAACGUAAUCAUGCUAGGUGUAGUAAUGAUGAAUAGAUACAGGACGAGGGUUGUUUACGUCCCCCGUUUGCUUACUGCCAGUACACUGUG